AUGGCUGUCCCGAAGUGACGGAUUAUGUUUUUCUGUAUGGCGUUUAAACUUUCGUCUCAGGGCUGAGAUUCCCCUGGGGGGGUGCAGGACUGAGGAGGCUUCUGUAGCUAGUAGAGAGAGAGUGAGAGAGAGUGGAGACAUUUAGCAGGGCAGUGUUUGCCCUGUGCUUAGGCACACUGGCCACUCAACAGCUCCGUCUGUGGAGCUUUGUUAUGUAGCCAACUCAGAGGGUCCCUCCCAACCACCCUGACCCCAGACCCAGCCCACCUCACCCUGUUCCUGAUGUGGCCCACAACUAGGUCAAAGUCAGCCCCCUCACUCUUAAUGAGACAGCAUGUUAUGUCAGGAGGAACAGCUGAAUGCAAUGCAGUGUUAAAGAACCAUGUGGAAACUAUGUAAUGCUUAGAAUUAACAGUAUACAACAUGCAUAUAAAAAGUUAAUUUAGUAUAGAUCAUGCAUGUACAGGCACGGUAUGCUUUAAUAUUAGUCUGCUAUGCCUGCUACAUGCUGAAUGGCAACUAAAACAGGACUGUAAAAUACCGUACUACCCAGAAUAUAGUGUACAGAACAAGAAUAUAAAGAGUUUAGACAGUAGAAAACAUACAAAGUACAUGCAGUAAAGGAAGAGUUUUCCCAGUAGGCUAUAAAAAAUGAAAGCCUCCCCUCUCUCUCUCUCCAGGCUGCAGCGCGUCACCAGUGUUCCUUCCUGGUCUCUCUGCAUGUGCGUGAGUUCUACAGGAUGGGGGUGGUGUCUGGACUGGCUGAAGGGCCUGCAGUACGUCCCUCAGAGACUGAGGAACCUCAACGAGAUCAACAAGCUCCUAGCACACAGACCUUGGCUCAUCACCAAGGUGCACAUUCAGGUUAGAACACAAACAUGCAUAAAACACUCAUAUUCAAGUACAUUAUUCACAUAUGCACAUAUGAUAUCUAUAUCUAUUCAUAAACACAACUUUUAUCCACAUACGCACACAAAGUAACUCACAGUAAACCUCUUUCUCUCUCCCCCUCUACUUCAGAACUUGGUUAAGACAGGGGAGCACAGUUGGUCUUUGGCAGAGCUGGUCCAUGCUGUGGUCCUAUUGGCCCAUUUCCAUGCCCUGGCCAGCUUUGUGUUUGGCAGUGGCAUCAACCCCCAGGUGGACACACCAAACGCCAAUGGCUUCCAGUCAGUCUACAUCAGCAACUACUGUACAUGUGACCUGGCCAGCGACCAUCACCUGGACCGAGAUCUCAGCAGCACUAGCCCAGAGGUGAGAUGACAUGCAUGACUUACUGUUGAUCUAUGCUUUACUUAGUUGAUUUAGCUACGUGUGUGUUUGGAGGGAUUGUAUCUAAGUAUGUGUAACUCUAUUGUCAUAAUAAUAGAGUUCUGGUUUGUUGUGUGUGUGUUUUCAGACCACAGACUCGGUCAGUGAGUUGGAGGCGCUGAUGGACAGAAUGAAGAGGCUGCAGGAGGAGAGAGAGGAGGAUGAGGCCUCGCAGGAGGAGAUGGCCACACGCUUCGAGAAGGAGAAGAAAGAGAGCCUUCUGGUGGGCUCUGGAGGUACUGCAACCACACCUGUUCCUGUUGUCUCUCUCUCUCUGAGUGAUGAAGUGAUGACUGAUUAUGAUCCAUCUCUAUUGUGACUCUGCAGAUUUGGAGGAUGAGGUGAUGCCCACAUCCAAAGUGUCUCGGUUUGUGGAGGAUGCCACCUUUGGGUACCAGGACUUUGCUCGACACGGGGAGGACAAUCCACCAACAUUUAGAGCACAGGUCGGUGAUAACUUCAUCUUAAUUCCACUGUCAUGCCAUAAGUGCAAGACCUAUAGAUUCAACAGUCACUUCUGAACAACUUCGCUCCUUCUCUCUGUCUCUGUCUGUAGGACUACUCGUGGGAGGACCAUGGUUUCUCUCUGGUCAACAGGCUUUAUUCAGACAUCGGGCUGCUGCUGGACGACAAGUUCCGGACAGCGUGUGACCUGACCUACUACAACAUGGCCAGUCACGAGGACGUGGACACCACCAUGCUCCGACGUGCACUCUUCAACUACGUGCACUGCAUGUAUGGCAUCAGGUAAGGCAUCAGCGCCCUCUAUCCUCAGUGCAUGAGAAAAAAAUAAAAAUAAAAAAAUAGAAAUGUAUGUGUAAGUGUGGACACUUAGCAUCAAUCAAGAUAGUGUGAUAAUAUUUAAAUGAGUGAGUAAGUGAUUAUUGAAGCCCUGGAGUAGUCCGUAGCAGACCGUAAAGUGAUGCUCCAGGCUUGAUGCUUGAUGUCCUGUCUGCAGAUAUGAUGACUAUGACUAUGGGGAGGUGAAUCAGCUAUUGGAACGCAGUCUGAAGGUCUAUAUAAAGACCGUAACGUGUUAUCCAGAGAGGACCACUCGUCGCAUGUACGACAGCUACUGGAGGCAGUUCCGCCACUCCGAGAAGGUUAGAAAACUGCAGAUGCUCGUGUUUGUGAGGGGGUAUAAUCUUAUGGUGUUUGUGUACAUGUGAAUCCUUUGAAAAACAACCCUUUGCUUUGCCAAAGCAUACACUGUCAACAGCCACAAAAAGGAUCUUGUGAACCCUGAUAUGUCUUUGUAACUAGGCCAGAGUUCAGUGGCAGGGCUGGUCAUGCUGUUAGAUUGUUUGUGCAGGAGGCUUUGGCUCAUGAGUACACUAGACUAUUGAGCAGAGCUGGAGGAAAUGAAGCUCUUGGCAGCAGGAACAUGCUGUUAUUGUGUUUGAGUUGCAGAGAGCCCCCCUGUUGGAAUCUGACUGGGCUGAAAGAGAUGAAAGACGAGCGAGUUACACCGUGUAUUAUUCAAACCAGCAGCAUAGAAAUGGGUCAUUGUCUUGUACUUAAAGCUCAGGUCAAGACAACCUGGAACAAACAUCUCAUCCCAGACGUAAUGAGGACAGUAGCGUUCACCUCAGUUAGUAAUUAUGAUGUCUGUACAAACCGCUUUUCCUUCAGACCCCAUUAAAAAGUAUUAUCUCAACAGAAUCUCUCACUUGGUUUACAUAUCAGACUCAGUGAUGUCUCUUAUAGCCUUGUGCUACAUUCUGGCAAAUACAUAUCCAUUUUACAGCUCAAUGGCUGUCUCCAUACUACAGUCCAUACCAUUCCAGUUUAUAUAAAGUAACUGCACUGUGUUAUAGUAUGUAUGGUAUGCUAAUCCUCUGGCCACCCUGCCCCCUCCAGGUCCAUGUAAACCUACUCCUAAUGGAGGCCAGGAUGCAGGCAGAACUUCUAUACGCCCUGCGCGCAAUCACACGCUACAUGACCUGACCCUGACCAACCACAGCGGGCCAUCUGUCUCCAACUGACCAAUAGAAACCCCAGCCCUCAUCACCCCACCUCCCCCCAACACCACUACUGGCCUCUGGGAACCAGGAAACUGUCUCUCUACCAGGCACAUGUCUCUAACACUGGCCUCUUGCUGGUUGGGACUUUGAGGUAUUUUUAGCUUAGUGCCCUUUUACAGAGGAAGUAAUGUGAAGAUGAAGGAAAUCCUACUGUGAGUGUAUAAAAAUUGUGAAAACAGGGGUGCACGUUUGACUUCUCAUCCUUCUUUGCCAUAAUCAUAAUGCCAGUUUGGCUUGAAUGACAUUCAGUGAAGGGGUUGGAGUUCAUGACUAACUUUUUUAGAAAUAUUUAUCCAAGCAACCUCAAAGUACUGUACUGUGCUCUAAGGAAGAUACUGAAUAGCCAGAAACAGUGUUGCACCAACGUAGAAUAUACCUCUGAAUGUAAUGCCUUGAUUUGGUAAAGACCCACCAAUAUCAGGAGCUAGAUUAAAAUAUUAUCUGAUUGAGAGAGCAAGUCCUUUUGUGGCAACUAUUUUAAAAAGUGCAAUAUUUCUCAUUUUUUGGGGCAAUUUUAAAAGUAGACUCAGCGAAAUGACGUUGCCAUGAGCAGCACACCGCAGAUAUUGAGAUGAGCGAGAUGCAGACUUCACUCUCACACAGUCACACAGUAUCUUCGCAUGUGUAUGGGUUCGCUUCACACUGUUACAGCGGUUGGAGACAAAAACAGAGAAGUUGAAGCCUCGCGCUUCAAAACUCUUAGUUUGUUGCAGAAAUUGACCCACUAUGCUGUUUUACUUUAUGCAUCUACGUCAUAAUCGCUGAGUUUACCUUUGAAAGGCUGUGACAGAAAUACUUUAUUUAUACCUUUGUCAAUAAAUCUGGCUAAUUAAAAUAUUUAUUGAGAACUAUUUAUCUGCAAUGUUUGUCCUAAUACAGAAUAUAUAUCACACAGCAGGUAGCGCACAAGAUUUUGGGGCAACGUGAUCAGCAAUUUUAGGACUAUCUCUCAUCCUGCUUGUGACACGUUUCUGUGCCAAUGUUUCUCAUUGGGUCUGUAAGACAAUAAUUAAUAUUGCAUACUUGUCUAUAUUUCUACCAAAGAUGCAGUGUACAGUACAGAUGUUAGAUCCAUGAGACAUUUUCAAAACAUUUUUAUAUUCCAUUAGGAAGUACAUUUUUAGAACUGUGAUAAGCUAUGUAGUGCUGGGAAUGUGCUAUUUUAAAAAAAUAUUACUGAAGGAUCACCACAUGAGCGAAUUCCUAACCCUAAAAUCUGCGCUGUUAACUUUGAGUCUCACUAGCAUUUAUUUUUAUGCUUAUUUCUUCACCAGUGUAGGGUUGAAAAAAUCAUGGUGUUUUUGUGACUGAUUGUUGCUCUUUGCACAUCUAUAUCUACAAAUGUAGGACCUACUGAUGGCAGUGUCAAUCAUUUUUGCAGAUAUUUACUGUAGAAAACUUUACUUUGGUAAUUCCCAGUUGGAAAUAUGCAAGAAAUGUCAGUAUUUCCUUAAAUCCUCUCCCUUCUCUCGAAUCUUUCUUGCAUUGUAUUUCUCAGAUGUGAAAUGUGUCAUAUAUUGUAGCACCCCCCCCCCCCCCCCCCCCCAUUUGUGUAUAGGGGUAGAUAGUUUAGUUACAUUGUUUUAAAGAGUUUGAUCAAUGCCUCUGAACCAUGACAUUCACCAAAGUACUGUUUACUUUUUGCCAACCUACCUUAAAAGGGAUUUCUUUUUUUCAUUAGUCCACAUAAUCAUGAUGAUGUUGUAUUAACAGUGGACUAAAGGAAAGAAAUACCUAAUAUUGUUUGAGUGGAUUUUCCCUUUAAGUUUAGUGUUUUUUUUUCCAUUUAUUUUCAUCUUGCAUUAACACCAAUUAGUGUAAUAAAAAGCAUGAGCUGGUGCACACCCAGAUAAUAUUGAUUUAGUGUAGAGGUGCUGACUAACGGUGAAUAAACUGGAAGCAUAAAUAGAGUCGCCCCCUUGUAUAAACUCCCAGUCAUUUCUUGUAAGAAACCACCAACGUUUCCGCAUCAGGCACAGUAUGCCGAACGUUGGUGGUUUCUUACUCAUAAUUACCCGGAGUUUAUACAUAGAGUGUGCGACUCUAUUUGUUUUUUUAACAAGACCAAUUAACCAUGUAAACAUCCCAAUUAAACUGAUGAUGAUGGAGGCUGAGUUGUCUAAACUUUACAAAAUGAUAAUCUACUGGUCUGAGAGUUAAAAGCUGCACUUCUCUCUUCCCAAUUGUGCUUUAGGAUUGUUUUACUAGUUUUGGGAGGUUGUGCCUUUAUCAUAGCCACAUCAGCCAUUUUGUCCCCCCCCCCCCCCCCCAAAAAAAUUUUUUUUAAAAAGGACAACAGUACAACUGAAACUGUACUUCACACAGUGCCUGUAAGGACAUUUUUUAAAACAAUAAAGUUAGAAAUAAUCUACCUAUGUGUUCUGUUUUUUUUGAUUUAUCAACAUGCAUACUGGUAACUUAAAUGUAUGAUGAUACUCGUACAGUGGGAAAAAAGUAUUUAUCAGCCACCAAUUCUACUGCAUGGAUAAGGAUAGGUCAAGCUAAGCCGAGGGGGAUGUCUCCUGCAUAGAUACGUCCUCCCUUAGAUUAUCCCUCUCCCUGCUCAGGAGACCUACCUAACACAAAUCUCCUACCUAUUCAUAUCUACUAUUGACCCAUUUCCCUAAUAACCAAUGGCUGUCCCGAAGUGACGGAUUAGUUUUUCUGUAUGGCGUUUAAACUUUCGUCUCAGGGCUGAGAUUCCCCUGGGGGGGUGCAGGACUGAGGAGGCUUCUGUAGCUAGUAGAGAGAGAGUGAGAGAGAGUGGAGACAUUUAGCAGGGCAGUGUUUGCCCUGUGCUUAGGCACACUGGCCACUCAACAGCUCCGUCUGUGGAGCUUUGUUAUGUAGCCAACUCAGAGGGUCCUCCCAACCACCCUGACCCCAGACCCAGCCCACCUCACCCUGUUCCUGAUGUGGCCCACAAACUAGGUCAAAGUCAGCCCCCUCACUCUUAAUGAGACAGCAUGUUAUGUCAGGAGGAACAGCUGAAUGCAAUGCAGUGUUAAAGAACCAUGUGGAAACUAUGUAAUGCUUAGAAUUAACAGUAUACAACAUGCAUAUAAAAAGUUAAUUUAGUAUAGAUCAUGCAUGUACAGGCACGGUAUGCUUUAAUAUUAGUCUGCUAUGCCUGCUACAUGCUGAAUGGCAACUAAAACAGGACUGUAAAAUACCGUAACUACCCAGAAUAUAGUGUACAGAACAAGAAUAUAAAGAGUUUAGACAGUAGAAAACAUACAAAGUACAUGCAGUAAAGGAAGAGUUUUCCCAGUAGGCUAUAAAAAAUGAAAGCCUCCCCUCUCUCUCUCUCCAGGCUGCAGCGCGUCACCAGUGUUCCUUCCUGGUCUCUCUGCAUGUGCGUGAGUUCUACAGGAUGGGGGUGUGUCUGGACUGGCUGAAGGGCCUGCAGUACGUCCCUCAGAGACUGAGGAACCUCAACGAGAUCAACAAGCUCCUAGCACACAGACCUUGGCUCAUCACCAAGGUGCACAUUCAGGUUAGAACACAAACAUGCAUAAAACACUCAUAUUCAAGUACAUUAUUCACAUAUGCACAUAUGAUAUCUAUAUCUAUUCAUAAACACAACUUUUAUCCACAUACGCACACAAAGUAACUCACAGUAAACCUCUUUCUCUCCCCCUCUACUUCAGAACUUGGUUAAGACAGGGGAGCACAGUUGGUCUUUGGCAGAGCUGGUCCAUGCUGUGGUCCUAUUGGCCCAUUUCCAUGCCCUGGCCAGCUUUGUGUUUGGCAGUGGCAUCAACCCCCAGGUGGACACACCAAACGCCAAUGGCUUCCAGUCAGUCUACAUCAGCAACUACUGUACAUGUGACCUGGCCAGCGACCAUCACCUGGACCGAGAUCUCAGCAGCACUAGCCCAGAGGUGAGAUGACAUGCAUGACUUACUGUUGAUCUAUGCUUUACUUAGUUGAUUUAGCUACGUGUGUGUUUGGAGGGAUUGUAUCUAAGUAUGUGUAACUCUAUUGUCAUAAUAAUAGAGUUCUGGUUUGUUGUGUGUGUGUUUCAGACCACAGACUCGGUCAGUGAGUUGGAGGCGCUGAUGGACAGAAUGAAGAGGCUGCAGGAGGAGAGAGAGGAGGAUGAGGCCUCGCAGGAGGAGAUGGCCACACGCUUCGAGAAGGAGAAGAAAGAGAGCCUUCUGGUGGGCUCUGGAGGUACUGCAACCACACCUGUUCCUGUUGUCUCUCUCUCUCUGAGUGAUGAAGUGAUGACUGAUUAUGAUCCAUCUCUAUUGUGACUCUGCAGAUUUGGAGGAUGAGGUGAUGCCCACAUCCAAAGUGUCUCGGUUUGUGGAGGAUGCCACCUUUGGGUACCAGGACUUUGCUCGACACGGGGAGGACAAUCCACCAACAUUUAGAGCACAGGUCGGUGAUAACUUCAUCUUAAUUCCACUGUCAUGCCAUAAGUGCAAGACCUAUAGAUUCAACAGUCACUUCUGAACAACUUCGCUCCUUCUCUCUGUCUCUGUCUGUAGGACUACUCGUGGGAGGACCAUGGUUUCUCUCUGGUCAACAGGCUUUAUUCAGACAUCGGGCUGCUGCUGGACGACAAGUUCCGGACAGCGUGUGACCUGACCUACUACAACAUGGCCAGUCACGAGGACGUGGACACCACCAUGCUCCGACGUGCACUCUUCAACUACGUGCACUGCAUGUAUGGCAUCAGGUAAGGCAUCAGCGCCCUCUAUCCUCAGUGCAUGAGAAAAAAAUAAAAAUAAAAAAAUAGAAAUGUAUGUGUAAGUGUGGACACUUAGCAUCAAUCAAGAUAGUGUGAUAAUAUUUAAAUGAGUGAGUAAGUGAUUAUUGAAGCCCUGGAGUAGUCCGUAGCAGACCGUAAAGUGAUGCUCCAGGCUUGAUGCUUGAUGUCCUGUCUGCAGAUAUGAUGACUAUGACUAUGGGGAGGUGAAUCAGCUAUUGGAACGCAGUCUGAAGGUCUAUAUAAAGACCGUAACGUGUUAUCCAGAGAGGACCACUCGUCGCAUGUACGACAGCUACUGGAGGCAGUUCCGCCACUCCGAGAAGGUUAGAAAACUGCAGAUGCUCGUGUUUGUGAGGGGGUAUAAUCUUAUGGUGUUUGUGUACAUGUGAAUCCUUUGAAAAACAACCCUUUGCUUUGCCAAAGCAUACACUGUCAACAGCCACAAAAAGGAUCUUGUGAACCCUGAUAUGUCUUUGUAACUAGGCCAGAGUUCAGUGGCAGGGCUGGUCAUGCUGUUAGAUUGUUUGUGCAGGAGGCUUUGGCUCAUGAGUACACUAGGACUAUUGAGCAGAGCUGGAGGAAAUGAAGCUCUUGGCAGCAGGAACAUGCUGUUAUUGUGUUUGAGUUGCAGAGAGCCCCCCUGUUGGAAUCUGACUGGGCUGAAAGAGAUGAAAGACGAGCGAGUUACACCGUGUAUUAUUCAAACCAGCAGCAUAGAAAUGGGUCAUUGUCUUGUACUUAAAGCUCAGGUCAAGACAACCUGGAACAAACAUCUCAUCCCAGACGUAAUGAGGACAGUAGCGUUCACCUCAGUUAGUAAUUAUGAUGUCUGUACAAACCGCUUUUCCUUCAGACCCCAUUAAAAAGUAUUAUCUCAACAGAAUCUCUCACUUGGUUUACAUAUCAGACUCAGUGAUGUCUCUUAUAGCCUUGUGCUACAUUCUGCAAAUACAUAUCCAUUUUACAGCUCAAUGGCUGUCUCCAUACUACAGUCCAUACCAUUCCAGUUAUAUAAAGUAACUGCACUGUGUUAUAGUAUGUAUGGUAUGCUAAUCCUCUGGCCACCCUGCCCCCUCCAGGUCCAUGUAAACCUACUCCUAAUGGAGGCCAGGAUGCAGGCAGAACUUCUAUACGCCCUGCGCGCAAUCACACGCUACAUGACCUGACCCUGACCAACCACAGCGGGCCAUCUGUCUCCAACUGACCAAUAGAAACCCCAGCCCUCAUCACCCCACCUCCCCCCAACACCACUACUGGCCUCUGGGAACCAGGAAACUGUCUCUCUACCAGGCACAUGUCUCUAACACUGGCCUCUUGCUGGUUGGGACUUUGAGGUAUUUUUAGCUUAGUGCCCUUUUACAGAGGAAGUAUGUGAAGAUGAAGGAAAUCCUACUGUGAGUGUAUAAAAAUUGUGAAAACAGGGGUGCACGUUUGACUUCUCAUCCUUCUUUGCCAUAAUCAUAAUGCCAGUUUGGCUUGAAUGACAUUCAGUGAAGGGGUUGGAGUUCAUGACUAACUUUUUUAGAAAUAUUUAUCCAAGCAACCUCAAAGUACUGUACUGUGCUCUAAGGAAGAUACUGAAUAGCCAGAAACAGUGUUGCACAACGUAGAAUAUACCUCUGAAUGUAAUGCCUUGAUUUGGUAAAGACCCACCAAUAUCAGGAGCUAGAUUAAAAUAUUAUCUGAUUGAGAGAGCAAGUCCUUUUGUGGCACUAUUUUAAAAAGUGCAAUAUUUCUCAUUUUUUGGGGCAAUUUUAAAAGUAGACUCAGCGAAAUGA